UCCUUCCAGGUGGGCUUAUAAGGCAGUGUUUAAAACUAUGCCAAAUAAAGCAAUAUUGUAUUCACAAUCUAUAGCUAUGGAAAAGGAAAAUCAUGACCUACGGGCAAUUUUUGUUCCUUUCCUCUCAACAAGUCACAUCAUCCCCCUCGUUGAUAUGGCCAGGCUCUUCGCCAUGCACGGCGUCGACGUCACCAUUCUCACCACCUCACACAACGCCACCAUCUUCCAGAAAUCCAUUGACCUUGACUCCGCUCGUGGAAGACCCAUUAGAACUCACUCCUUAAAGUUCCCUGCUUCCAUGGUGGGCCUCCCCGCCGGCGUUGAAGCCUUCAACGUCGACGCCGGUAAGGACAUGCUCCCCAAGAUCUUCAUGGGCCUCGCCAUCCUCCAACCGGAGAUGGAGAGCCUCUUCCAGCAACUCAAUGCUGAUUUCAUUGUCACCGACAUGUUCUACCCUUGGAGUGUUGAUGCCGCCGCAAAGCUUGGGAUUCCCAGGAUCAUGUUUCAUGGAGCUAGUUACCUUGCUAGAUCUGCACUGCACUCUGUUCAACACUAUAAACCCUACCUCAAGGUUGAUUCGGACUCUGAAAAGUUUGUGCUACCUGAUUUGCCGCAUGAAUUGGAGAUGACGCGUUUGCAGAUACCAGAAUGGGUUAGAACACCGAAUCUCUACACGGAGUUGAUGAGGACUAUCGCAGAGUCAGAGAAGAGAAGCUAUGGCUCCCUCUUCAAUAGCUUCUACGAGCUCGAAAGCGAUUACUAUGUGCAUUACAAGAAGGUGAUGGGCACCAAGAGUUGGGGGUUAGGCCCUGUUUCAUUGUGGGCCAACCAAGAUGCUUCGGAUAAAGCAGCAAGAGGUCAAACAAAACCAGAAUCUCAAGAAGAAGAAGGGUGGCUCAAAUGGCUGAACACGAAGCCCGAGAAUUCAGUUCUGUACGUGAGUUUUGGGAGCAUGAAUAAGUUCCCUAACUCUCAGCUCGUUGAGAUUGGGCAUGCAUUAGAAGGUUCGGGGCAUAACUUCAUCUGGGUGGUUAGAAAGAACGAAGAAGAAGGAGGUGGUAGUUUUCUUGAAGAGUUUGAGAAGAGAGUGAGGAAAAGCGGGAAAGGGUAUCUGAUAUGGGGUUGGGCACCGCAGCUUCUGAUAUUGGAGAAUGCGGCGAUCGGAGGGUUGGUGACACACUGCGGGUGGAACACGGUGGUGGAGAGCGUGAACGCGGGGCUGCCGAUGGUGACGUGGCCGCUGUUUGCAGAGCAUUUCUUCAAUGAGAAGCUGGUGGUGGAUGUGCUGAGGAUUGGGGUUCCGGUGGGUGUGAAAGAGUGGAGGAACUGGAAUGAGUUUGGGAGCCAAGUUGUGAGUAGGGAAGACAUUGGAAAAGCCAUAGCUUCUUUGAUGGGUGGCGGAGAAGAAGAUGAAGAGAUGAGGAGAAGAGCGAAAAAGCUGAGUGUUGAAGCGAAGAAGGCUAUUAAGGUUGGUGGUUCUUCACACAACAACAUUCUUGAAUUGAUUCAGGACCUCCACUCUCUCAAACUCUCCAAGGCUCAACAACACAACAACCCUUGAUAUUGACAAAAAAAAGAGAAGAAAAAAAAAAGGAAUAUCUCACUACUCAUUUUCCUGGUUACAAUG